UACAUGUUUGCUUUUUACUGAGAUCUGGACAGAGAUGGGUAAUACUGAAGGGGAAGACAAGGAUGAAAAGAAUUUCUGCCAAAAUUGCAAAGAGUCUACAGAGAAUCAAAUCACAGAAGCAAAUGUAGGAUGGAAUCGACAGUCAGUGUACUGUGCUGUCGGAGUGUGCGUUGGGCUGCUGUGUCUCCUUCAAGCGACUCUUAACAUCACUCUGCGUCUCCACUACAUGAUGCAGAACAACAAAGCACAUGAAGAACUAGAGCUGCUAUUCAGCAAUUACACCAAUUUGAUUGAGGACACAGAUGACCUGCUGAUGAACUACACUGAUCUCAUUGAAGAGAGAGACCUGCUACUGACCAAUUACACUGAUCUUGUUGAUGAGACAGACCAACUACUGACGAAUAAUACUGACCUAGUUGAGGACAGAGACUUGUGUCUGGCCAGAUACCGCAACUUGACUACAGACAAAAAAAAGCUCCAGAUCAGUUACAACAACUUAGCUAAAGAUAAAAACAAGCUUAUGACUAGCUACAACACUCUAGCUAAAAAGAAAAACCAGUUACUGACCAGCUACAACAAUAUGGUUGAGAAGAGAGAAAGACUUCUCAAUAUGUAUGCUGGGUGGACCCAUUUUCAGUCCAGCCUCUAUUUCUUCUCCGAUGAGAAGAAAAACUGGGGAGAGAGCAGGCGGGAAUGCCAGCAAAUGGGAGGCGACUUGGUGAUCAUCAACAACCAAGAUGAACAGAACUUUGUUAAGAUACAUCAAUCGGACAACUGGAUCGGUCUGAAUGACAUUAACAAAGAAAGGGAGUGGAGAUGGGUGGAUGGAACUCUGUUGACCCAUGGAUUCUGGCAUCCAGGUGAACCCAACAAUUUAGGUGAUGAGGAUUGUGUCCAUUUCCUCCACACUAACCUCUGGAAUGACGUACCCUGCAUGCUGGAAAAGAAAUGGAUCUGUGAAAAAAGAAUUUAAGUUUACUUAUCUGAGAUAAGAUAUAUUUGUUCUUUGUAGUUUUCACUUAUCCAUCAGUCUUUUUUUUAUUAGUAGGUUGAGUUACUUUGAACUUUUAACAUGAAUCAAACAACAUUCAAAUACAGAUAAGGGAAACUACAUGUAGGCUACAGAUCUUCAACAUGAGAACAUUACAAAACCCACUUAAGUGAUUAGUCACGUAAUCAACAAAGUUCAACACAAUUAAUCACAAUUCAUGUGAAUUCAACCAGCUCCCACAAAUGCAUGGCAUUGUAAACACCUGUAUGAAACCUCAUAUACAGCUUCCACCUACUAAGAAAAAUAACUGCUGAAGACCAUGCACUUUUUUUUUUUUUAUCUACAAACAAGUCUGCGAUUACUUAGAAUUCAACCACUCACUCAAAGUUUAAAAUGUUAAGCUUUUUGAAGACAUUGUUACCUUUAUACUCACUUGGACCAUGACUGACAACUCACUGGCUCAUGUACUCCAUACAUGUGCAAGGUAGUCCCAAAAAAUAUUUUUCCAACUUUUAAGUAAUGGGACGGAAGAUUAGUGAAGCAGUAUUGCUGCUGUAUUAUUUACUUAUUUUACAUAAACCAUGGAAGCAUAUACUUCUCAUAUUUAAUAGCUUCCUCUUCUGUAUCCAGUGACAGGGCAGAGAUAAAUCUUAUACUUCACUUAAGUGGCCCACAAAAUAGACAACACGAUUCUUGUGAACAAAACUGUUGCAACAGAAGAGGGAGGACGCCCUAUCUGCACCACAUGCCUAUUGUGUGAGAAGAAUGAAGUGAUCCGAUCAAUCAAGUGUUCCUCAAAAUAUGAAAUAUGACAUGUCUAUUUCAAGUAUUUUUUUUUUUUAAUCUUUGCCAGUAGCCUAGACUGACAAUUUUUCAUAGGGAAAAGUGUGCACGUAAAAAUGUAAACAUACCUAAAUAGGGUACAUAAAUUGAUUGAUUUUAGCCUAUUUUCAGAGCAUUCAUCAGGGGCUGUUAUUUGGCCUUAUCAGUCUUCUUAUCUUUCUUCUUUGAAAGGCCCCUCUGCCUGUUCACUCUUAGGAUAAACUUAACUCACUUCUCCUUUUUAAUGGCUUCAUGGGUUUAGUUAACUUUCCAAAAAAAGUUAGUUUAUUUCAAUCUGUCAGUGAUAUUUCUCCAUAUGAAUGAUGACUGUUGUGCAUUCCUUACAGUUUUUUACGAUCACUUUGCCACUAUUUUCAGAACCUUGAUGACAUUUUUCAAAACUCUAGCCUAACCCUUUUCUCAAUUGCUUAAAGGGAUAGUUCGGGUUUUAAGACACGAAGUUAUAUGGGUUCCCUGUCAGCAACGUUGUGCAUCAGCACUGACUUACCCCCCGACAGCGUCCUGUGAGCCGAGAUCCAGCCGGUUUUUGAUCGUUUUUGAUGCUGAAGAAAGUAGUCCGGCAAGUUGCUGGGGUCGCGAAAGUAAAGUGUUUUUCUUCUCAAAACCAUAUGCGUUCAAAAGAGUGAUAUAUUUGCACCACAAAAACGUUGUAAUCAAAAUGCCUCAGCCUCUAAUAACCACAAUAUGAAGUGGACAAAAUAAAAACAUGAUGUUGGGAUAAAAACCGACAAUAGUUACAGUAUAUAGGGGCCCACUACGGGUCGUCACACCCCCUAUAGUGAACCAUUAGCUCUGUCGAUCAUCAUUGACAAGUGCAGAAUUUUUCCACGACUGGAUUCACAUAGCAGUUGUGGUGGCAACAUUACGGCAAAAUUACUAGGUCA